CACAUCCAUCCAAUUUGUGCUGCAAGUGGACCACAGCAGGUCAGUCCAAAGUGCAUUGCGCUUAUUCCCACCCUUUUUGUCUUAUUGGAGGAGACACCGAAUAAAGUACAUUUGUAAAAAAUUGCCUUCCACGCAAAUAUCGAGUCAUGGUGUGCUGUGUAAAAAGAUGAACAGAGUUUAUCUGAUAACAGUCGACCAACCCCGUCAGAAGUAUGGGUACCUUUACUGGUCAUGUCGUCCCAGGUGCUUUCUUCAUACUCUUUGCUAUGUGGAACUUGAUACACCCAUGUAUGCAGCCAAGGUCAUCUGAACACAUAAGAUAUAUCAGUCACUGCCAUCAACUGAAGAGUCUACUUCGCAAUCCCCUCUUUAUCGAAGGACUUGUGAAAUUUGUUGUUACAUUUGCAGCUGCCGUUGGAGAGUUGUGGUGGGGAGGCUGGAAAAUAAUCAACCAUGGUAGAUUUGUGAGUCUCAACAAUUACCAACAUGCCACAAUGUACAGCUUCUUUGGAUUGGCAGGUCUGGCAGAGAUGCUAAGUGUAACAUGCAUCAAACUCAGAUCCAGACAAGACAAAUUAUUUCAAGCAACUGCAUUCUUUGCUGAAGGCUUCCUGUUUUACUUUCAUCUGCAUGAGCGAUCAGCUGUUGAUGUGAGACUUCAUAUUCUCUUAGUGUUGGCCACCAUUGGAUGCUGUGUUGGUUCAGCUUUAGAAGGUCUUACCAGUUCUGAGAGGGGCCAGUCCUUCUUUAGAUACGUGUGGAUUGUUUGUACUUUUUUGCAAGGGACGUGGUUCAUACAGACAGGGUUCAUACUGUACAACCCAUGGCUCUCCGGAUCAAGCCCCUGGGCAGGUGAUGAAUUGUCAGCACUCAGCAUAGUGACCACAGUUUAUGCCUGGCAUGUAUUGCUGGCCAUCCUCAUCACUGCAUUUAUCAACACAGUAGUUACGCGGUGUGUUCAGAGGAAAGGAUUUAGGCCAAAACAGUUCUCGCCAUGAAUAGCAGCUGUGUCACAAAGCAAGCCUUGAAGGAAAUUAGGCAUUGGAGAGUAAAGGUGGAACCUUGGAGCUACCAUCUCCAUGGUUACAGCAAAGACCAUACACGGAAACUGCCUUUUUCUUUAUUGUCAUUUCAGUGUACUUGUACUCUGCAGUUUUGCAGAUUAGGUGUAGAUGAUUAGGCUAAAAAACCUGAAAGUAAGCAGACAUAUAGCCAUGAAUGUGUAUCAGGAAACUUAUGCGAAAUUCACUUUUAAUAAGGGAAUACAUAAUGUGCUUGACAAGUCUUCAACAUUUAUGGAAGACCAUCUGUGCAGAACAGACUAAAGCCCAAGUUGUAGGCGAGGGCAUAUACAGACAUGCAGCUUGGACUUUGAAAAAAACCAAGGAAAUUCCAGUCUUUACAAGACUUUGUACAGUAUUUUUUCAAUUUUCUAUGACAUGAGUGUGAAGUGAAAAAUGAGGAAAUCAGCUGAUCCAAGGAAAAGUUGCAUGCCUGCAUAUACGUGUAUUGUAGAAUGGAUACUGAGACUGCAAACCAAAUACAUGUACUCAUUCCCAUUCAUAAAUACCUCUUGAUUCUGAAAGUCAAAACUUUUAAAAUUGCGAAGUUCUAAAUACCCUUCUAGCCAUGUUAUUAUGGUGUGUCCCUUUUGUGAGCAGUCAUGAACAAUGACCUUAUAUGGAGAUUGGUGUGUUUGCGGUGUGUACUGUGUGAGAUGGCACGCAACCAACCCAGUGCUUCAUUAACUUUUAUAGACGUUAUAAGCUGUCAACCAAUAGGAUCUAGGAAUGGCAAAACUGCCCUAAGAAUUUAUAAAUGCACAAUUAUGCAUCGUAGUUCCCAUGCAGUAUUACGUCAUGCUCAGAGUUAAGCUUUUCCAAAAGACUGGUUUCACCAACCAAUAAUUCAGGCAUUUAAUCAUUUAUGGGAUGAUCUUCAAUCUAGAAACAUUCUUUUUAUCAAGUUUAAAUAAGUUUUCGUUUCAUUUUGUUUUGCUUCUUUAUUUACUUCUAUCUGUGGAUGGCAUCUUUAUAGGUGUGGUAGAGAAUAUAGGCACAACAUUUGUUCAGCAGGAUUGAGGAUAUAUGCUCCUCUGCAAUGUG